AUCAAUCAAUGAAGUACGGACCGGGAACACGAAUAUAUGCUGCUCUGUACAUCAAAAAUUUCCUUUCUCCUAAUUCACCAAUCACUUCAAAUUCCAUCUUCUUCCUCCCACUUUCUUCAGUUUCUAGGGUUUCGCAAUCAUCUUCAACCAAGCUCCGGCCAUGGCGGAUCCAUCACCAACGACAUCUACGCCGACGAUCCAAAGCCAGAGGUUGUCGCGGACGACCAUAACAGAUGUGAAUUUGGACUCACUGGCUCAGUGCGCGAGCCACCUCGGCCUCCAAGACCUCUCCAACAUGGCCAUGACCUGCAAGUACUUCAAAAAGGUCGCUUACUCCGACUCCGUCUGGUUCCAUUGGUUCAGGGAACAUUGGGAGAAACAAGCAACUUCGAUUUGCUCUCAAACAUCAGGAGUCAGGGAAGCAUAUUUAGCUAGGCGUAAAGCAGUUCAUCAGUUCAAGUUUAGUAAUCCAUUCGACGUUGAAUAUUUCACGGAUUCAAAAUCUUUUGAUCAUAUGAUCUUUGACAAAAAUGAUAUUAUCUUUUCUCAGGGUCCUUCGAUACAAAUGGUGGAGAUUGAUGGCUUCUAUCAUUCAAGAGUAUCUUAUAAGAGACGAAAUGUCCACAAUGCUAGAAUAACGUCUAUGAGGUUGUUUCCACUGAAUGAAACUUCUUUAUUUCGAAGCGAGUCCCAGAGAAAUGAUAAUUUUUUGGUGACUUCGAGCUGUGAUCGUUCUAUUCGUCUGUGGUGGAAGGGUUCAUGCCAAAGAUGUUUCAAAGGUCAUAGUGGCCCCGUUUCAGCACUAUCAGAUAAGUUGCUAGGUGAUGGUGUUGGGAAAGUUUUGGCUAGUGGAGGAGAAGAUGGUACUGUUCGCCUUUGGUCACUCAGCUCCAGUGGUAAACGUGGUCAGCAUUCUCCAAAGGCUACAUUAUAUGGGCAUGGAAAACCCAUUAAGUUGAUGUCUGUUGCUGGACACAAGGCUUCUCUUUUGGCGACUAUUUCAAAAGAUUCUAAGGUGAGGGUUUGGGACACGACUACAUCAUCAGCUGCUCGUUCAUCUUGCUGUGUGGGAAUGACUUCUGUUCCUGGUGUGCCUGUAAACAUGAAGUGCCAUGAAGCACUGAUCUAUGUUGCUGCUGGUUCAUCUGUUGUUGCAAUUGAUUUGAGGAUCAUGCAAAAGGUUAUGACUGCAGCAGUCCAUCAAACAAAGCUGUACUCUUUUGAGGGCUUGCCUUCAAAAUCCUUAAUCUGCACUGGUGGUGAUGGCAGAGCAAUGCUUUGGGAUGUUAGGAGAAAUCAGGAAACAGUAAUAAGACCAGAACCAAUAGCCGAGUUGGAUGGACACACAGGGCCAGUUACUUUGUUGCACAUGGAUCCGUAUAAGAUAGUCACGGCAGGUCAAGAGGAUGUUUGUGUAAAUGUUUGGGAGGCAGACACUGGCACACAAACUAAUUCCUUUACAUGUGGUUUUCCUGAGGAACCUAGUGUCGCUUCUGGAUGUUCUGCCAUGGCUGUGGAUGGCUGUCGAAUUGUCACCGGUAGCUAUGGUCCGCGAAUGGGGCUCGUACGGUAUAAGGAUUUCUCUAGUGCUUCUUGCCCUGCUUCUCAACGCGAAACCGAAGAUGAUCAUGUUUCAAAAUUUUGGGAUUCAGAGUCUUAUAGUGAUACAGAUGAGGAUGAGGCAGUGGCCUACUAGAAUUUAGUUGUACGAUUGUACCUUCUGUUUCUAAUGUUAAAAAGAGUAGUUAAAAUCUCUCUUUCUUCUCGGUUUCGUUGUCUUUACCGUGGAGAACCAAUUGCUGCUUCUGCUUUGCAAGUAGGAAACUGGAGUUACAGAGGAAAUGGUGCUGCUAAUCUAUAGUGGUUAAUUCCAGGAGAGAGUUUCAAUUUACUGUUGUGUUUUGCGAGAUUAUUAUCAAAAAUGGUUUUCUUUUA